GUGACUUCUAUAUAGUUCGCUGCAAAAAUAUUUUCAAGCCUCCAAAACUCUGUAAUUUAGGACGAUACGCUGUCUGACGGGCACAACCAGAUUCUCUGAACCUAUGACCAUGGGGCGAAACAAAUCGCACAAACCAGUGCCACAAAAGUCUAAGCUCAAAAAAGACCCAGGCAUCCCCCGCCUUCCUUCCCUGAAAGUCCGCAUCUCCGAAAAACAGCGUCUCGAAGCGUCUCCCCUCACCUCCGCCUCCGUAUUCCCCGAUGCGGAUCCCGACAAAAUCAUGGCUUCUGAGCCUACGCUCUCAUCCCUCGCUGAGCUCGCCGCACAGGCCUCACGGAACCAGUCUCGUGAUGGGUCUGACUCGGGGAUGUACGAUGGUGAAACAAGGGAGGGGGAAGCGUCCGGGUCAGGUUUAGGAGGGAAAACCAAGGAGCAGCUGAGAAAACAUUAUAUAAGGACGUUGCAUAAGGUGAUUGAUGAGGCGGAUGUGAUCGUGCUUGUGUUGGAUGCUAGGGAUCCGGAGGGGUGUAGAAGUCGGCUUGUGGAGGAGGAGGUGAGGCGCAGAGAGGCAGAAGGAAAGAAGUUGGUCUUUGUGUUGAAUAAAAUUGACCUCGUGCCAAAACAAAAUGCCCUCUCUUGGUUGCGCCAUCUCCGCCACUCAACUCCAACCCUCCCCUUCCGCUCGUCUUCCUCCCAUCAACGCACCAAUCUCUCCUCAUCUACUGCACCCGCGCUCAUGAAGCUCCUGAAAGCUUACAAGCCUAGCGCAGCGCAGAGUGUUACGGUCGGUGUGGUCGGGUACCCGAAUGUAGGGAAGAGUAGUUUGAUUAAUACUUUGAAGAGGGCGAAGGUCUGCGCCGUCGCAUCGACACCAGGCCACACGAAAGACUUGCAAUCCAUCCAGCUCGAACGUGGGCUCCGGAUCGUAGAUUCUCCCGGUGUGAUCUUCGACGAAGAUAGCGAUGACGGAAAGGGGAAUAAGAAGGCGAGUGUUUUAUUGAGGAAUGUGGUCAAGGUGGAGGAUGUGGAUGAUGUAGUUGGGGUCGUGGAGGAGAUCCUCGCACGCACAGAGAGGGAGAAGAUCCAGAAGAUAUAUAAUCUGCCCGAGUUCGGAUCAAGCCUUGAGUUCUUGACCAUGUUGGCGUUGAGUACGGGGAAGCUGCUCAAGGGUGGUACCCCAGACAUUCUCGGCGCAGCCCGCCAAGUCCUCGCAGACUGGAACCACCAGAAGAUCCCGUUCUAUUCGACGCCGCCGACGAUCCACCCGUCGUCUAUGCCUUCCGUCACUGCCCCAGGAAUCAUAGCCCCUGGCGCCGAAUCCGUAGGCCAAGCACAAAUCGUAACAGGCUUCGCACCCGUCUUCACACUCGAGGGUCUAUUCGGCCAAGCGGACGAGGAGGCCCUAAACGGCCCCCAAGAUGAGGGCGACGACGGAAUGCAAGUGGAGGGCGAAGGUGAUGCAGGGGGGUUCCUACCAGACGAGGAUGAAAUGGAUGCAGACGACGGCUUGCCCAUCUCUUCCUCUUCCAAUCCGAGAAAACGGAGGCAUUCGCCUACGCCCUCGAUCGUUCCUAAUGACUCGACGUCAAACACGAACACGAACACGGGUAGGGGCGUCGUUGGUGUUCCGGAGGGAGAGAGGGCGCCGAAGAGGAUGAGGAAGAUGAAUAGUGGGUUUGCGGCGAGGCCUGUUGGGGGGAUGGUUGGGGGAAGUAGGAAGAAGGAGAGGGAGGGGAAGAAGAAGGCGAGGAAGGAGGCGAGGAGAGUUGGGAGGGCGGCUGAGGGGCCAGGAGGAGAAGCGAUGGGAGGGAUGGAGGUGGAUGUGGCGGAGACGUUCAUGGCGGCUUGAGGUUUGGGUGGGUGGCAGAUGUGGAUGACGAGGGCUGAUGGCAGUCU